AAUUACUUUUACUUGGUGCUUUGUGAUAGAAAAAGGUAAAUGAUAUAUUUUGGAAAUAAUUAUAUGCCACAAGCAGGCUGGGUGAAUUAUAGUUCCUCUAUCUAGAUAGAGUUUUACAUUCUGAUGCUGAAAACCUUGCUUAAGCUAUAGAAUUGUAAGUACUUGUUUGACAUUUGAAAUAAUAUUGUCCUUUUAAAGAUGCUAUUUUCUGUUUUGCUGCCUAGACCAAUAAUAUUGUCACGCUUGUCUCUUGAUCCUCAUUUAUACGGACACUCUAUAAUUUAACUUUCAUGAGCUGGAUACUUUAUUUCAAAGGUGAUUUCAAUCCUACUAAGAAUAUUAAAUUUUUGGCACUUUUCUUUGUUUUCUGAUGGAUGAAAUAGAGGAUUUAGUUCCCAAUAUGUAAAGUGUAAAUGUCAUGCAAUUGGAUCACCAGUAAGACUUGUAUUCAAAGAAAAUUUCUUUUGUGCUUGCAUUUGGAAUUGGAAUAAAUUGCCUAAAGCACAGCCUGUUGUUUAAUAGGGUAUUGCUAUAUUCUCAAUUUUGAACAUGUUUUGCUGUUACCCUGCUCGUGAUCUUAGAAUUGAGGCUUCCCUAUGAUUCUUUCUUGCUAAUUAAUGAAAAUUUCAAAUAAAUAAUGGGGAAAAUAUUCAGAAAUCACCGAGACUGAAUCCCCUAUUAUAUAAAGUAUAUUUUUGUCCUCUUGUUAAAAAGACGACAAAGCUUCCCUUCUUGUGGAAAACACUUCAAAAUUUUGAAAAUGAUGCCGGCUUCCUGAAUUUAGCGUAAUCAGCGGAUUGUUAAAUGAUAUUUAUAUGUUUUGUAGGAUCAUCUGGCAUUGAUGAUGGAACUUCUUGGAAAGAUGCCUAGCAAGAUUGCACUUGGUGGCCGCUAUUCCCGAGAAUUUUUUAAUCGACACGGUGAAUUGAGGCACAUCCGCGACUUGCGGUUCUGGCCACAUCAUAAGAUUCUGACGGAAAAGUAUAAUUUCAGUGAACAAGAUGCAAAUGACAUGGCUGACUUCCUUCGUCCAAUACUUGAUUUUGACCCUGAAAAGAGACCAACAGCUGCUCAGUGUCUUAGCCAUCCAUGGUUCAGCGCAGGACCCAGAACUCUUGAGCCCUCACGGACUAAUAUGCAACCUGAUGGAAUCAACAUGGAUUCAUUUGAAAAGAGAAAGAAGGAACAAGAAAAGGCUGAGCAUGAGUUGGUGGAAGUUGGUGUGAGGAAUAUAGCCAUUGAUGGAUCUCCUGUGUCACUCAAAGACUCCCAACCUGUAAAGUCAUCAACAUAGAUGUAAAUCGGCUUGUCGUCAACAAUGCCAUUAAUGAAGAAUAUGCAACCUGUUUUUUUUUUUUUUUUUUUUUGUUUUUUUUUGCGUUGGUACUUCUUGUUUGUUCUUGGAACUUCAAUUCUAUGGAAGAGCAUUGUUAGCAACAUACUCUUCUAUUGGUUGAAAUUCAAAUGGAUUCCACUAAAUCAUGUAGGCAUCGUAUGAAUUUCAACCAAAAAAAGAGUGUGUUGAAAGUGUGUUCGAUAGUGUGUUGUUGGCAUAAUUUUUCUUAGCAAAGAUUUGUACAUUUUGAA